AUGAUUGAUUUUACCCCCUCAGAGUCGCAGCGUACCGCUCGCAAGAAUGCAGCUGCUUUCGCCUCACACGUACUAAACGGAGCAUACGAAUCAUACACCAAACUACCCAACGAUGGCGUCUCCCGCUUCCUCUCCACCAAGCCCCUCUUCGAGACAGCCGUCCGUUUGGGCAUUAUCAAGUCACUGGUACCACCGCACCUCGGCGGCACCGGUGGCACCCUGCUUGAAUCCUCAUUAGUCACCGAAGAACUGUUCGCGGUAGAGCCCGGUGUCUCACUGAACUUGCUGACUGUCAGCCUUGGCCUGAUGCCGCUGCUCUUUUCCCCUGCAGAUGAAGAUUUGAAGCGAGAGUUGAUCGCGCCAUUCUUGACUGGCGAGGGAGCACCUCUGGCGGCUUUCCAAUGGUCUGAACCGGGAGGCACUGCGAACUUUCUCGAGAAGGGUGGGAAGGGCAUGCAGACGACGGCGCGGAAGGACGACGGGAAAUGGAUCAUCAACGGCGAGAAGAUCUGGGCGGGUAACGGCGCAGGGUGGGAUGGCCGAGGAGCGGAUCUGCAGACCAUAUUCUGCCGUAACAGCGAUAUCAACACAGACGAUCCCGCAGACUCAGCAUUGCUAUUCGCUGUGCCGCGCGCUGUCCUGGAUGAGAACGAAUCGGAGGCAUUCCGUGUUGUAGAGUACAAGGAGACACCGGGCUUUACAGUACACUGCGGCCCCCAUGUUGCAUUCAAAGACCUCCGGGUUCCAGACAAGUACGUGAUUGCUUCUGGAGCCAACGCUGCGCGGAUUGCCGAGACUGCAUUUGCGGCAACGGGAGCUAUGGUCGGUGCCAUGGGCGUCGGCAUCAUGCGCACUGCGUUCCAGUCUGCAUUGAAAUUCGCCAGGGAAAAGGACCAGGGUGGAAGCGUCAAAGUACUUGAGAGGCAAUCGGCAGCGGAUGUGCUAAUCACACUCAAGACGCGCAUUGACACGGCGAGACUGUUAAGUUGGAAGGCGGCGCACGCGGUGGAUAACGGCGCGAAGAAUGCCGUAGAAUUGUGCUCUCAGGCCAAGAUUUAUGGGUCUGAGACGGCGGUUGAGGGUGUUGCGGAAGCGAUGAGGGUUAUUGGGAUGAGCAUCAUGGUCGAACGAGUAUCCUUUUGCUAG